AAAGAAUUCAGUUUACAUAGGAGAAUCGAAGAAGAGACAAACGCAAAAAUGCUCGCUAAAAUUUUAAUUUUAUUUUGCUUAAUACACAUAAGUUUUGCCUUGCCUAAAGAAUAUCAACCACAGAACUCCGGGUUUUUCAAUGAUGAGGAUGCUCUCUUUGCAAAUUUACAGCGUUCGAAACGUCAAUUCAAUCUUCAGGGCGGAGGUAGUCCUGGUAAAGGUCUGGAUUUAAGUCUUAACGCCCGCGUGCCGGUCUGGCAAAGUGGCAAUGCUCGACAUUCAUUUGACGCUACCGGACAAUAUGCACAACAUUUGGGUGGACCAUAUGGAAAUAGUCCACCACAAUGGGGUGUGGGGGGUAUUUAUACUUAUAGGUUUUAAGAGAACGCCAGUGAGGGUAUGUUCGAAAUAAAAUUAAGUAUAUUAUAUUGAAAGAGUU